GACAAUGUCACAGAACUUUUGUAACCAAGCCCACCUUUCACCGUGCAUUCAUUACAUAUAUACAUAGUACCUAGACCUUCUACUCAGAUAGAUCGGCACUGGUGACUAAGCUCUCACGAUGGCGAUACCUUCCUGGCUAUUGCUCCAGGCCACAGCCGGAGCUGGCACAUAUGCUCUCGUGCGCUAUAGACCUCUACCCGAGGGAACCUUUCUUUCCAACGCCAGCCAUUUCAAAACAUUCGUUGCCCUCUACUCCAUCAUUCUGGUCGGAUGGAUUCUAUACUCGUGGAUAAUCCACCCCAAGUGGCUGAGUCCCCUCAACAGAUUACCAAAGCCGACAGGUGGGACUUGGUGGAAUGGUCACUUCUUGCAAUGCUUCUCGGUUGGAACGGGUGAGACUGAGGCGGGGUGGAUUCGCACCAUUCCUAACGAUGGAUUCAUCUACUACCUGCACAUCUUAAACACGCCUCGUGUCAUUGCCACGUCUCCCAAGGUGAUCCAAGAACUCUGCACUCGUGCGGACGAGUUCAUCAAGCCCAAGUUCAUCCUAUGGCUCGCCGAGAAACUUCUCGGCAUCGGUCUGGUGUUGGCUGAGGGCCAACACCACCGACGUCAGCGCCGCGCCUUUCUGCCCAUCUUCGCCCCACGUCACGUUCGUGAGAUGUACCCCAUCUUCUGGGACAAGACAUGCGAAGUUACGCAGAAGCUAGCCGGUAUCGUGACUUCGCAGUCGCGCACCGGCGAAUCGGUCUUCGAAGUCGGCCACUGGUCGUCUCGCGCCGCCCUCGACAUCGUCACCAUGGCGACUCUCGGCGCGAACUUCGGCGCCAUCCAAGACGAAAACUCCAAGCUCGCCAAGACCUACCGUCUCGCACUAGAGCCUACCCGCGGCUACCUCUUCCAAGCCCUUCUCAAGCUCUGGUUCCCGCCCUGGUUGAUUGACGGAAUCCCCAACAAAUGGAACCGCAGUCUACGCGAAUACGUGCCCGUCUUCCGAGGCGUAUGUCGCGAUCUUCUCAACAAGAAGCGUCUCGAAGUCGCGGACAAGACACGCGAAAAGGGCAAAGAUCUACUCAGCUUAUGUUUCCACUACGAGGAAGUCGCAGACGCCGACGAGGAGGAGCUGAUCGACCAACUCUCCACAUUCAUGGCAGCCGGACACGAGACGAUCUCCGUGGGGAUCACCUGGGCAGUAUACAUGAUGUGUCUGCACCCAGAGUGGCAAGAGCUGCUUCGCGCCGAAGCGCGAGCCCACUUCCCGGACCCCACCGGCAGCAACGACGCGGCGAGCGACAAGAAGGUGACGAGCGCCGACGUCGAGCAGAUGCCGCUGAUGCAGGCUUUCAUCGCCGAGGUUCUGCGCUGGUACCCGCCGAUCCCACAGACGCUGCGCGAGCCGCUGCAGGACACCGUCGUCUGCGGGCAGCUGCUGCCGAAGGGGAUAUCGAUCGUCAUUCCCAUCAAGGGGAUCCACCGUCACGAGGACGCGUGGGGACCCGACGCCAACGUCUUCAACCCGCGACGAUGGCUCAACGCCGACGGCUCGUUCAACUCGACCGGCGGCGCGGUGUCGAAGUACGCCAACCUGUCGUUCAUGCAGGGCGUUCGCAGCUGCGUGGCGAUGGGCUUCGCGAAAGCGGAGAUGGCGUGUGUUCUUGCGGCCUGGGUCGGGCGCUUCGAGUUCGACUUGGUCGACGAGGAGCUGCGCGACGAGAGCAACAUGAAGACCUCGAACGGAGGCUUCUCCGGCCGUCCCAAGCACGGCAUGUUUGUCAAGUGGAAGGUUCUCAGCGGGUGGGAUGCGUGAGCUCCGGGCGUUUUACGGAACGGGAAUGGGGGAAACAUAGAUUUUUUUUUCAUCAUGAGAUUUACAUUGUACAAGGCACUGCUAGGUCAAUUUUGGGGGUGUACGGAUAACCUUUGUGGAGUACUCUGUGUUGAAUGUCACAAUUUAGAGCGAAAAGAAAUUAACAUUGGUAGAUGGAAGGUUCCAAGUUGUCAGCUGUAUUCAGUUUAGAGGGUUUGCGUUGUUUUGCGUCGUUCGUUCUCGCUAAGGAGAGGAGUUUGUAUGAAUUAGAGAAAUGAGACACGCAGAUGCGGCGAACCGCAC